CGACGCAUGCGCACUUUUCACGUCGCCGUCCAAAAAAAAAAAAAAUGCCUAUGUGGCUGCUGCGAUGUUAAGCUUUUGAUUCGCCAGUGGAUUUUUUUUUAAAGCAAACCGUUGCGAUGAAUGUUUUCGUUCUGGCUUUGUUUGGUGUCUGCGGCUUUGUCACCGCAGACGAGGACGAGAGGCUGCCGAACAAAUGCGAAGUGUGUAAGUUUCUGACAGUGGAGCUGCAGGAUGCUCUGGAGAAAACCGGCCGCUCCAAGGAAGUGCUGGAGGUUGGAGAAGUGCUGGACACAGGCAAGAGAAGGAGAAAGAUCAAAUACAACACCUCGGAAACUCGCCUGACUGAGGCGCUGGACGACAUAUGUGAGCGCAUCCUUCAGUACAGCGUUCACGCAGAGAGGCCCGGCAGCCUUCGAUACGCCAAGGGUGCCAGUCAGACCAUGACAACUCUGAAGAACCUGGUCCACAAAGGGGUUAAAGUGGAGCUGGGCCUGCCGUAUGAACUGUGGGACGAGCCUUCUGUGGAGGUGUCGGACAUGAAAAAACAGUGUGAGACAAUGCUGGAGGAGUUUGAGGAGGUGGUGGAGGACUGGUACUUCCAUCAUCAGGACCAGAGACUGGAGAGCUUCCUCUGUGAGAACCAAGUCCUCAAGACAUCAGAGCAAGAAUGUCUAAAGGAGGAGUGGAAAGCAGACACGGGGAGAAAGGGAGGGGCAAGCCACAGCGCCGAAGAGGAGGGAGCGAAUGGCAACACGAAGGCGGAGGAGGGGGGGAAGACGCAUGACGCUGAGGAGCUUUGAGGGGAAAACAUCCUCAAAAAGGGAAAUGCAGACGACAACAUCAGACCUCAAAUGCACAACAUUGAAAUUAACAUCGAGAUAUGUUUUCAGCUGUAUUCUUGAAGGCAAAUCCCAAUGCACAUAUUUACACUAUUUUAACUUUUUUUAAUGGAUGAUCUGCGGCGGAUCUGAGACACUAUUCCUGGUGCCAAAUCCUUUUAUGGUUUACACAGUUAUAAUAGUGUGAGAUGAUGCUUGGACAGCUUAACACUAAAUUUCCCCUGUUAUUUUUAUAUCAAAUGGUGUCAGCCUUUUAUAAACUGCUACACCUUUUUUAAAACACUCAGCUAUUUGGAUUAAGGUUUAAAGCCCUUAUCAUGAAUGUUUGAAACUUUCAGUGUUAUAUCAUGUGUGAACGCUGUUACAUCUCCACUUAUGCCAACAUUAUAUGGUACAUAUCACAUUUUAUACCCCAAUUUGCUGCCUUUAAAUGCAAUAUGUACAGUUUUUCGUGUUAAAUAAAAUACGUUUUUUU